AUGACUCAAGCAACACUCCGAAGUUAUGAUGGACGUGUAACAUUUUGCCGGAUCCAUGAUCUUGUUCGAGAUUUAGCAAUUUCAGAAGCUAAGCAAGACAGAUUUCUUGAAGUUCUUGGAAGUGCUGAUUUGAUUACCCCAAACAAACCACGUCGGCUUUCCAUCACUGAACCUACAGGAGGUAUGUAUGGUAGUAGUCUGUCUAAUGCACUAAAUCAACGUAGCACAACUAAUCAUCCUCGUUCCUUACUGUGCUUCUCUAGAGAUAUUGAUAUUGAGAGGAACAUGUGGAUGAAAAAGUCCGUUUAUGGAGCCAUGAAAUUGCUUAGAGUCUUAGAUCUACGGGAUGUUCGUUUAAGUUCUGUACCUAGUAGAUUGCUCAAGCAUAUUGGAAAACUCGUCCUCCUUAAGUAUUUGAGCCUACGUGGAAGCAACAUAGAAAAACUUCCAUCUUCAAUAGGAAACCUGCAACAUCUACAAACACUGGAUUUAGGUUAUACUACUCAUCUCACACAGCUCCCUAUGACGAUGAUGAAAUUGCAGCAGUUAAGAAAUCUUCUUUUUGCUUCUACUUUUGGAGGUGAUCGUUUUCCUCAAGACUUCGAUUGCCCUCUAGAUCACAUGACAAACUUGCAGACAUUAGGGCUUCAUGAAGGCAAAUGGAUGGAUAGGCUGGAUAAGUUGACUAAUUUGAGAGCACUAAAUAUACUAUCAGAAGAGGGAUCGUCAUUUUUAUACAAAGAGGCAUUGUUAAAUGCCAUCCCCAAAUUGAUCCACCUUCGGGGUUUUUGUCUAGCAGGUUUGGGAAGUAAAGAGGAGGCAUUAGUCCUUCCUGCUUCAUUUUCUGAUCACUUAGAGCUCUAUCGUAUGUAUUUAGAUGGAAUAGUUGGAAUUCGUGAUUUUCCCUCUAAUAUCACAACCUUAAGAUUGAGUUUUCAAAUAGGACAACGAAUAGACGAAUUGAUGGCAAACCUAAAGAAGCUCCCCAAAUUGAGAUGCCUCGUCUUUGAAUCAGCAUUUUUGGGAUCCAAAAUCAUUUUCUCUACUCAUGGCUUCCAUCAACUUGAGGAAUUGGUAUUGUCUAGCUUGGAUGACUUAGAGGAGUUCAUGGUGGAAGAAGGAGCAUUACCAAACCUUAGGGUUUUAAGGAUUCUAGAAUGUUCUGCAUUAAAAAGGCUUCCAUGUGGAUUGAAACAAGUGGUCACUCUUCAGGAACUUACCUUAUCAGGUAUGUCAGAAGAACUUGAAUACAAGGUCAGGAAAGAUAUAGGAGAAGAUUGGGAGAUCAUCAAACAUAUACCCUCCAUUGAAACGCAAUCAAAAUCAAGUUGUAUUUUUUCACGAAAUUUGUAUCUUCAAUGGUGUUGA